AUGACCAAAGUCGCAUUAAUCACAGGAGGAGCCAGCGGCAUGGGCUUGGCCGUAGCCAAAGCCCUAUCCUUACAAAAAGACUGGGAAAUCCACAUCCUCGACAUCAACUCAGAGCGCGGCGCCGAAGCAGCAAAAGAACUAUCCCGAACAACAUUCCAUUACGUCAAUGUGACCAGAUACAGCGACCUUGCUGCCGCGUUUCAGAGCAUGUUCCAACAGCACGGCAAGCUGGACUUUGUAUUCGCAAACGCAGGUGUCAUCGAACGCACCAAUUUCUACUCCACACCACAAGCAGAGAACGACAGGGAUGUGUGCCCGCCGCCGGAGCCGAACCUGCUGUCGAUCGACGCUGAUUUGAAAGGCGUUGUUUUCACGGCGUAUCUGGCCCAGCAUUAUUUCCGUCACUCAUCUCACAAGGGCCAAGGCGGGAGCUUGGUUAUGACUGCCAGCUGUGGUGGGUUGUAUCCGUCUUUCUAUUCGCCGCUGUACUCUGCGGCCAAAUUCGGCGUGGUAGGAUUCAUGCGAUCAAUCUCGCAACACUUCCACGCAAGCGGGAUCCGCGUCAACGCCAUCUGCCCAGGAAUUGUGCGCACCAAUCUUGUUGACCCAGCGGGAUGGGACAGUUUCCCACCGGGCCGAUUCAUCGAAGUGGAAACGAUCGCCCGGCUUGUGAUCCAACACUUGCCCCUGGAGGAGCUGUAUGGAGUUGCGAUGGAGAUUUCCGAUAGCGGGUUUUAUUUCCGAGAUCAGCAUGCUUUUUGUGAUGAGGGUAUGCGUGAGGUUAUGGACGCAACGGUGGUCGAGAAUCAGGUGGGUGCUGUCCUUAAUGGUUAG